AUGUCGCCCCCUGUUUCUGCUCCCUCAAUAGGCGAUGCUCGUUCGUCUGAGAGUCGUGGUCCCCUUGAACGGAAAAGACCUCGCCUGGACGAUGACUCGGAUAGCUCAGAUCAUGUUCGUUCGCGACCUUUCUCCUGGCAAUCAUCUGACCCGUUGGGGUAUGCAUUGAAUUCGACUGGGCAGUCUCGUCCCAUUGGCGUGGAAUCGAUUCUUAAUCAUCCCUCCAAGGUGCCGGCUAACAAACCAGAAAACGGUCGGGAAAGUCAUGGUGCAUCAUCAUCUUCACACAAUCGACAUCCGUCCUCGCCGACGAUGCACCUUCCCUCACCAAAACUCCACCCAGCUAAGCGACUUUCCUCCUCUCCCGGGGUCAGAAGCCAUCCGAUUAUAGCCCCUGCAUCGCCAUCAGCUUGGUUCCCUCCUCUUGGGGGUAGCUUGAGCUUGAAGGCUGGACCGGCCCAAUCUCCACUCUCCCAAACAUCACGCCCGAGUUCGUACCCUAGAGGUCCCAGCUCGCCCCAUUUCAUCGACUCUGUUCCAGGGCACCCCGUAUCGACCUCCCCUCACCCGACUUCAGCCCCAAUCCUGGCCCCAGUCUCGGUGCAAUCAACUCCAACUUUCCAUAGCCGCCAAGCGAGUGGCAACCACACCCCGCAUCCGAGCUCCCAGGAAACGAGUCCAACAACACCGGUGUCGACUUACAGUCAGUUUGGUCGAUCGUCUCCGGCGGUAGCAGCGACUCCCAUGCCACAUCAGACACCUUCGUUCGGAAACGCCUCAUAUACGACAGGAGAUUCGGCGAGCCGGCUACCUCCUGCCAUGGCAGUACCGCGGCCUGGGGACGAGUCGGCCGAGGCACCGCCCCCGGGCAUGAUUCCGUGUUUCGUCGAUACGAAAUCAGGCUCGUCGCAGCAGGCAGAGAAGCGGAAGGCUAACAGUGACGCAUCAAGACGAUUCCGCAAUCGCAAGAGGAACGAGAUGCAAAUGGAACAGAAGAUCACUGCGCAGCAGGACGAGAUGAGGAAACAAGCCGAGGCUCUACAAAGACAAACACAAGAGAUUCGGGCUUUGACCCAGGAGCGCGACUUCUACCGCUCCGAGCGAGACUUCUUCCGUGACCAUUAUACUCGCCUGGUACCUGCAGGGCAGAUACCUACGAGGCCAACAUCCCCGCAUGCGUUCCGAACGUCUUAUCUCACGGCUCCUGAUCAAGAUCGAAAGGUUGCUUGGCACGGACCCGAGGCAACUCGCGAAAGCCUGGAAUCCGCACAUGGAUCAACAGCAAGUAGGGCUUCCAUCGCCGAUUCGAAGAUGAUGCCCUUGUUGACGGCACGGCCACCUGUCACAUGGGCUACCUCUUCGGCUUCUUACGCCACGAUGCACGCAGAGCGGGGCAUCGUACCCGUUGAGAGACCCCCUCGAGAAUUAGCACACGUUUCUGGGGCCUGGACACAGAGCUCCUGA